ACCCUCGCCUCUACCCGCUUUGUCCUUUGCGCGCCGGCGUCGCAUUCUCCAACUCUAAUCCGCUGCACCGCCUACCACGUCCAUUAUCACCACCAUCCAUUGUUCAACAAUGCCUGCAACACGCGUGCUGCCAAAGGCUUUCAACCCGUUGGUAGAUCAGAGUCAUGCGCCCACACUCGAACAACUCAUCGAGAGGCGUCGUCUUGGCCGAACCAAUCUCUCUGCCAAACCAGGUCAGGUCGGUGUCGCAAAUGCUUCAAAACAAGAGAAUCUCGGUCCUUUUGACUACGCCCAUCUGCGUGUGCCGCUUCCCAAGGACCUGAAAGGCUCCGGUAUCUUCUCGAUAGGAAAGAGCAACAACCUCUGGCCUGAAUCAUACUUCUUGAUGCGACGCAGCAGUGAUGGAUACGUUAGUGCUACAGGCAUGUUCAAAGCCGCUUUCCCAUGGGCAAAGGUUGAGGAAGAGGAGGCAGAACGGGCAUACCACAAGACACUAGGCUCUGCCGGCCACGAGGAGGUGGCAGGGAACGUAUGGAUCCAUCCUGAGGAUGCCUUCGAGCUUUCCAAAGAGUACAACAUGACAAACUGGGUCCUCGCACUCCUUGACCCUGAACCGAUAGAAAAGGGUACCAAAUCUCCUGAACGGGAUGAGAUUGCAACUCCCCCGCGCUUCAUUCUCAAGGACGUCAAGCUUCCUCCCCCAGCUUCAAGCACUCGUGGCUCAACUCGCAAGCGGUCCACGCGUUCCGCGUCUCCCUCAAAAAUUGCCACUCCAGUACGCAAGAUGGCCUCACCACGCAAGCCGCGCACAUCCCGUCGGAAGAAGGCCGAAGACGACGCCGCCAGCGUAGCGAGCUCUGUUCUGCAAAGCGCCAUCGAAAAUGGCACUUCUGCCACCGACUCAGUCGACGGCGGCCCUGUCAAUGGCGUCGCUGAAUCCGUAAAAGUCAACAUCGACGAAGUCGUGACCAAAGAAGGCGACAAGGAAAUCACAAAGACCUCUGUCGUAAUUGACAUGCCCGCCGGCCACCCAGACCUGCCACUGCCCGAAAACACCGAAGACAUGAUGGCAGCUGCAAAAGCAAUCGUUGAGAAAGCCACCGCAGAAGACGCUAAAUCUGCUGCUACAAACGGCAUCAAACCUACGCGGAAGCGCAAGGCCACGGAGGUCGAGGCCGACGACCAGCUCGCCGAAGCAUCUGGCGCCGCAAAGCCCAGCGAGCCGUCCACACAGGGCGCUACCAAGAAGAGCAAGACACAGCCGACGAAACGCGAGACAGUGCGGACCAGAGCACUCAUCGGAGCCGGGUUGACACUUGCCAUCGGCGCCGCAAUUCCAUAUUUCCUGUAGUUUGCGCCGACGCGGACGACCAGCGCGAUUUUUUUUUAAAGAGACACUUUCACUCCCCCUUGUUCCGCACCCCCUCCCUCGCACGA